UUGGCAAUUGCCAUCUAAUCGAACUUGAUACAAUGUCUGCAAGCACAGAACAAGAAGAUGCUCUUGUAACGUCCACUGAUCCUCUACAUCCUGCAAAUCUUAUAUCAGAACUAUGCGCAUCCUUCUACAGAUUAGGAUGGGUGACCGGUACUGGUGGGGGUAUCUGUAUUCGUACUCACGAUAAAGUGUACAUCGCCCCCUCAGGCGUACAAAAAGAGCGCAUUGAGCCUUCGCAUAUAUUCGUCCUGCCUUAUCCUCAGGCAGAACCGUCUCCACAUACCGAUAGGAUUUUCCUUCGUCGCCCCAAGUUGAACUUGAAAGAAUCUGCAUGCACCCCGCUUUUCUGGAAUGCUUUUACGAUUCGUAACGCUGGCUCGUGUAUACACACUCAUUCUCAGAACGCGGUAAUGGCAACACUACUCUGGGAGAAAGAGAAGAUGUUCAAAAUUUCUCAUCAAGAGAUGAUCAAGGGCGUCCGAAUUGGCGGAAAUGGCCCAACCCUUUCAUACCUUGACACCCUUGAGGUCCCGAUCAUCGAUAAUACGCCUAAUGAAGAAGACCUAAAGGACAGCAUGAAAGAGGCCAUGGAGAAGUAUCCCAGGGCCGCUGGUAUUCUCGUUUUGCGGCACGGUAUUUAUGUGUGGGGCGACGAUUGGCAGAAAGCAAAAACCCAAACAGAGUGUCUCGAUUACUUGUUAGAAAUAGGAGUCAAAAUGAAGUUAGCUGGUCUACAGACGGUGCUCAAUGAAUGAGCGCUGAGUGCUCGACCUGUGCUCUAUCUUGCGUACGUGUCGGAAACGAACGUUUCAAUUCCCACCUUACCACUGAUACAAUCACAGACUUGACUGCGGAAUAUGAAUGUAACAGAUCCCCCGAUUAUAUAGUGUCUGCUAAGCGUAGCCAUGAUGUGUUUCCAUUACUCAAGUUGAUAUGCUUUGCAUUGACGUCGAUACUGGUGGGUACAGGACACCCAAAUGACCCUGAGGAAAUGCGGUUUUAUUCUAUUUGGGUUUAUUUCGUUUAGCAACUUCUUUUUGACUGCAUCGCACGCACGAGAAGCACGGCCCGAUUACAUAGAUCCUUGCAUUUCCCGGAAUCAUAGUUCCGUGAAGAAUUCUGUCACUCAGGGUGGCUGCUAACGAUGUA